AUGGCCGAGAAAGAAUACAUGGAUGAUGUCGAAACUGGCAAGGAGGAUGUGUUGGUUUCGGAUGGCACCUACCAAGCCAAUGGCCCCAUCACCGAGGCCGAGAAGGCAUUGCGCUGGAAGCAGGACAAGCGCAUCGUGCCGCUGUCCGCCGGCAUCUACUUCCUAUGCUAUCUUGACCGCUCGAACAUAGGCAACGCCAAGAUCAUGAACGCAUCAACGGGCGACGAUCUCAUAACCGAGGCCCACGUGACCAACUACCAGUUCACAAUCGCGCUCAUGGUCUUCUUGGUCGCGUACGGUCUCUUCGAAGUGCCUUCAAACAUCCUGCUGAAGAAGCUGCGCCCGUCGCGGUGGAUCGCGUUCCUCAUGUUCGCGUGGGGAGCCCUGACCAUGGGGCUUGGCGGCAUCCGUAGCUACGCUUCUCUCACGGUCGUGCGUUUCCUGCUGGGCGUUUUCGAAGCCGGUCUAUUUCCAGGCCUGGUCUACUACCUGACCUUCUGGUACAAGUCCGAAGAGAGAAGUAUUCGCGUGGCUUUCAUCUUAGCAUCUGCCACGCUGGCCGGUGCCUUUGGCGGCGCCAUCGCCUACGGAGUGGGGCAUAUGAACAAAGCGGGAGGGCUCUCGGCGUGGCGUUGGCUCUUCAUCCUAGAAGGAAUCCCAUCUUGUCUUUCGUCCCUCGUGGUCUGGUUCUUCUUGCCUGACUAUCCCGAAGAUGCAAAGUGGUUGACCAUACAGGAGAGAGACCUCGCUGUGCAGCGACUUGCUAUCGAAGGCAGCAAGGGCUACCAUAAGGCAAUGAGCUGGGCGGACGCCAAGGAGACGCUGACGGAUUGGAGGCUCUGGGGCCAUUAUGUCGUCUACUUUGGGAUAUCCGUCCCUUUCAGCUCACUGUCUCUGUUUACUCCGUCCAUCACGGCCGGCUUGGGCUAUAAAGAUCUGCAGGCGCAACUAAUGACUGUUCCGCCAUAUGCUGUCGCCUAUGUCAUACAAAUCCUUACAUCCUGGUCAGCAGACCACUUCAACGCUCGCGGCCUUCAUUCAGCCGCCCUAGCGACCGUCGGCGCCAUCGGCUUCAUCGCUUCCGCCGCCCUACCACCCGAGGCAUACGCCUCUCGCUACGGCUGCCUUAUCAUAGCCGCGUCAGGCGCAUUCGCCUGCAUCCCGCCGCUACUCGGCUGGCUAUCGUCGAACAUCUUCAGCACCGCCUCAGUUGGUCUCGCCAUCGCGCUAAACAUCGGGCUUGGGGGCGCUCCUGGCCAGAUCGUCGGCGUGUGGACCUACAAGUCGGACGAGGCAAAGGCGGGCUAUCCGACGGGGCACUGGACGAACGCUGCUCUGCUUCUUAUGGUGGCGGCUGGGUGCGCGAUUCUGCGGGUGUACUACGCGCGGCGGAACAAGAAGAUCCUGUUCGGCAGUACUGGGGGAGAGGUUCGCCUUUUCAAAUAUUGA